AUGGUGGAAGUAUCAAAUGAUAAAAAAAAUACAGUAGAAAAAAAAAAAGCUGAAGAUAAUAAGAAAAGUAUUAAAAAUAAUAAAAAUAAAAUGAAGGUUACAAUUAAUGAUAAAGUUGUGAAAAAGAAUGAAAAGAAGAAACUUAACGAAAAACAAAAAGGUAACGAAAAAAAAUUAAAGGUUAAGAAAACUUUGGACAAAAAUAGUGAUGACAAAAAAAAGAUAAAAAAAGUUAAAUUUGGUGGAAAAAAUCAAAAACAAAAAAAAAUAAGAACAUCCAUUCACUUUAAAAGGCCAAAAACAUUAAAACUCCCAAGAAACCCAAAAUGUCCAAGAAUAGUAAAAUCAUGUUUUAGAAAAACUUUAGAUAAAUAUGGAAUAAUAAAACAUCCAUUAACAUCUGAAAAGGCUAUGAAAAAAAUUGAAGAAAUUAAUACAUUAGUUUUUAUAUGUGAUAAAAGAGCUGACAAGAAGAAAAUAAAGAAAGCAGUCAAAAGUUUAUUUGGUAUUACUUGUGAUAAAGUUAACGUUCUAAAUAGAUUAAGUGGUGAUAAAAAGGCAUAUGUGCGUUUAUCUCCUGAACAUGAUGCAUUAGAAGUAGCAAAUAAGAUCGGAAUUUUAUAA